CUCAAGGCAAACAAGGGUGCACCACAAUGAAGGCUAGUUACUAUACUUGUAACGUUAAACUGUGUGUUUAACGCUACAAUUGAUACAGUCUAAGACUCUUUACGCAAGUUCAAAUAGGUCCAAACGCACAAUUGUCAACACAUAUCAUUACAGUUUGUAUUGGAAUAAGUAAUUCUAUGACAAAUAGUGAAGACUGGACCACUAAAAUAGUAAUCGAACAGUUUUUCUUUGUGGUUAUGCGUUCUACAUUUGCAUAGCGGAGUUUCUUGUAAUGACGUAUUACGCAAGCCGCCAUGACACCGGCCAGUUGAAAUUUCGCGUAGCAGUUGGGUUUCAUCAAAUCAUAUAGUUAUGCGAACUCACAUUUUGACAAAAUUAAGAAAGAAUCUUCAAUUCUAGAACAAAAGGCCCAUGGACCUGAGCUGCAACCUGGUAUACAAAAUAGCACAUAACUUUAAAGGGUCGCCAUUUCUGCAACCGAAACCAUAAACCAGGAAGAAAUUUAUUGAACGAAGAAAUAUUUCACCAGACUACAGGCGUUUUAGAUAAACGAAAAAGAGAGUUCCUAGGAUAAAGGGCUAUAAAAGAACGAUCUAUUCAACGCAUCAUGUCUGGUAAGUUAAAUAAUAGUAAAGGGAAAUCUUCAGCAAGACAUCCAACUAGUAAGAAUACAAUCCCCCAAAUAGAAACACAGUCAUCAUCUAGUACCAGUAGUAGUACAGAUACAGGACCAGCUUUAGUUUCACAAACAGAAACUUUACAAGGUAAUACUAGUACAGAAAUCCGGGUAUCCAUUAUAGGAAAGACAGGAGUUGGUAAGAGCGCAUUAGGGAAUGCGCUGUUACAACAAGAUACUUUUAAAUCACAACAAAGGACUACCUCGGUAACAUCAGAAUGUGGUUAUGGACAACGACAUCUUCAAUUAAAUGGUGUAGAUACCUUACUAAAAGUUGUGGAUACACCAGGUUUGUUUGACACGGGUAACAGUAACAAAAUAAUAGCUAAGGAAAUCGUUAAAUGUAUUAAUAUUUUAUCACCAGGGCCACAUUUAUUUAUCGUCGUCUUUCGAAUUGAUCUAAGACUCUCACAAGAGGACAUAAAAGUUCUUGAAUAUAUUAAAAAUACUUUCUGUGAACUGAUUGAUAAAUUUGCCAUCGUGGUAUUUACUGGGAAAGAUCAACUGGAUAAUCAAAGAGAAGAAGAUGCUAUGCGUGAAAUCCAUGCUCAGUUAUCAACAUUUAGUGAUGUUUUUAAACACCGUCGAUUCGCAACGAUCAAUAACAAAGAUAAAACAGACGGCAAGAUGAAGGAUGUGGACAGAAUCUUACAAUUACUUCAGACAACUAUACAGAAUAAUGGCGGAGACUUUUAUAAAAACGAAAUGUAUGAAGAGGCGAAGAAAUUAUUUGAAGCAAGAAUACGCGGCGAAGAAGAAGACAAACAACAAGCCUUAGCUGAAAUAGACCAACUUAAGAAAGAACGUGACACAUGGAUUCACCAAGAACAGAUUUGGCAAAACGAGAGGGAACAUCUCAUGAAAGAAUGUGAGAAACAGAAUUACCAAGAACAGAUUUGGAUGAAAUGGGCUGAAACCGAUAUCAGACGAAAAAACAAAGAAAGGCAGUUUGAAGAAGAACGUGCAAAAUUUAUUGAAGAUAAAAGAAAUAAGGAAAUCGAUUUGGACAAAAGAGAAAUGAAACUUAAACAAAAAGAAAGUGAGAUUUUGAGAAUUCAACUGCUAGAAAGGGAAAGACAAUCAACACAGUGGUUAACUAGCAGACAAUCAUACACUGAACUAGCCAGUACUUCAACAUUUCAUCAUGGCAGCAGCCUUAAUACACUCAAUAUAUCUCGUGCUAAGGAACGCAAAUAUGAACCAAGUCGUAGAGAGAGAGGAAAGAUGCUUCAAGAGGAUGUAAAAAACAUUAAAGAUAAUUAUGCGUUUCUACUGGAUAAUAUAACUGAUCCGGAACGUUUAUCAGAUCGUCUGUUUGGAAAAUCAGUUUUUGAUACAGACGAUAUGGAAAAAAUAAAACAAGGAAAAAGGUUAAUGAUCCGUGAACUACUUAUCAGAUUACUAAAUGGAGGGCCAAAUUCCUACCAAAGUUUCAUUGAUAGUUUAAAUGAAGAAGGUCACACGACAAUAGUUGAACAGUUAGAAUCAAAAGAUCAUGUUAAAACAACUGAUAAAGCAGUAGAUAUGACAGCUAAAACGAGUUACCCGAUAGGCCUAGCGAUUAAACAAGAACCACUGGACAUGGAUUGGACUGAUGGGGUAACUCAACCAACUAUACUUUACACUGAUUAUCAACAAGCAAUUAGAAGAAAUGAGAAACAAAUUUGUGAUACAUUAAAUACAUCUUGUCCUAAGAAAUUAAAAUAUGCGCCAAGAAAGAGCGGAAAGAUGCUUCAAGAGGAUGAAAAAAACAUUAAAGAUAAUUAUGCGUUUCUACUUAAUAAUAUAACUGAUCCGGAACGUUUAUCAGAUCGUCUGUUCGGAAAAUUAGUUUUUGAUACCGACGAUAUGGAAAAAAUAAAACACGUAAAAGGAAAAAGGAAAAUGAACUGUGAACUAGUUAAGACAUUACUUAAUGGCGGACCAAAUUCCUACCAAAGUUUCAUUGAUAGUUUAAAGGAAGAAGGUUACACGACAAUAGUUGAACAAUUAGAAUCAAGUACAGAUGAGAGAUGUGGAGAAAUGUCCGGUUCCCAUUGGAAUCAGUUCAUGAUUAGAGCAACAGGUGAUAGAAACUAUGAUGUAUCACAUUCAGAAGUCGGGAACAGAUCAGAAAUACACAAGAAACAUGGCGAGGUUGAUAUUGUGAAAGUUGUGGUCAAGAAGUCCAACAACACUGUCAUUUUAUCGAAGGUGAAAUCUGACCAUCAAAAGGUCAACGUAAAGCAGGAAAUAAUAUCAAAAUGUCGACGUAAUGUUAAAAAUAUCGCCAACUGUGUUUUGUAUGAGAACCAAGACUCCAUGUUUAACGAUGUAUUAGAAGAUAAGCAAGAUACUGAUGAUACAUAUGAUCACUUACUAAUAGAUGAAGAAAAUAAAGGGAUGACAAUUCCAGAUACUGAUGAUACAUAUGAUCACUUACUAAUAGAUGAAGAAAAUAAAGGGAUGACAAUUCCAGAUGAUGUUAAAUAUAGUCAGACAUCUAUACAAAACAAUAUGGCCACCAUCACAUCAACAACUCCAUUAUUAAACCAACCAUUUGUUACACAAGAUGUAAUAACAACUAACUAUAAUAAAACAACCGACAACAAUAUAAUAGACGUGGAAUCAAUUUAUAAAACUUGUCAAUAUGGUACACUUGAUGAAGUCAACACUUUAAUACAAAAAAAUUUAAAUGUAAAUAUUUGUGACGGUUGUGGAGAUACACCAUUAUUUUAUUGUGUCAUGUCUAAACUACACCCAGUAGAGAAGAUAAUGUUACUCUACUCUGCUGGUGCCAUUUUAGAUGUUAAGGGUGGUGGUGGUCGUAGUAUAUUACACCAUGUUUGUGAGCAUGGUACUAUUGACUGUUUAAAAUAUUUACUGGAACAAGGAUUUGAUCUAGAUGCUAGAGAUGAUUAUAAUAUGACUUCAGUAUUUUAUUGUGUCAUGUCUAAACUACACCCAGUAGAGAAGUUAAAAUUACUCUACUCUGCUGGUGCCAUUUUAGAUGUUAAAAAUAAUUAUGGUUUAAGUUUAUUAGACUGGGUUCGUAUGUUUGAUAGAACAGAAUGUGAAUCAUAUUUACGUGAAUUAGGCCUUGAUAAAUAGAAUAUAAAUAAUCAUACAACAUCUUUAUUUUACUAGUUAAUAGUUAUGUUAGGACUAAAUGAAAAUGUUUUGUUUUAUUUUGAUGUAAAAUUAAAGAUUUGUUUUAAACCAUUUUCUGUCAAUAUCAACAACAUUCUGUACACAGACUGGCUAUCUACCAGCCAUUAAACCUAGUAACACGUGAUUACGUCACAGGUCAAUAGGUCACGUUAAAUCUAUUUAUAAACAAACUGAAAGUAGUAUUACCAGGUUGAAUAACAAGAAUAGAUAAUCAACUGAUGUGAUGUUUUGGUGGUCAUGAAAGUCAACUUUAACCCAAUAUUGUUUUAAAUAACAACACAAUGAAUUAUAUUAACCAAGAGAUAUGAUUGGAGAGGAAUAGAAUAAUAUUUACCUACUGUAAUGAUAGAAGACAACCGGCCAGUAUCUUGUGGAUGUAAAACUAAAUUUAUCCACAGCUGUUGAAACUAAAUACCCAACAUAAUUCAGAAAAUAUUAUAUUUACUAUAAGGUUUACCAACCGGAACAAAGGCUGUUUUCCUGUAUAAAUCAUACAGGGAAGGUAGAGUAGCCAUUGAUGGACUGCUGAAAGACCUAACACCUUUAAAACCGCCUUCCCAGUAUGGGUUAAAGAAACUAAAAGCUAUUUUAUCUCUUGAUGUCUUGAAUGUAAGAAUUACAAAUACUGAUGAUGGAUCACAAAUCGUUGCAGAAACAGGUGAAAAGAACAUCCUUGUAGACGAAACCUUAGCUAUAAACAGCACAGUUACAAACAAAGAAUAUGAAGUAGAGAAAAUUAUUAAAAGGAGGAGGGGUGGGGGCGGAAUAUCAAUUCUUAUUUAGGUGAAAGGGUUCCCCUCCAUCAGCUGAUUCAUAGGAAAAAGAAGAAAACCUUAAUCCCUAUCUUUAGAAUAUGUCUAAACAUUAAAAGUUGUGUUUGUAUUUUGUAUCAUUGAACCGCAAAAUGUGUAAAUGUUGAACAUUUUCGAGCAAUUGUAUUCGUGGUAACCUAUCAGAGCAGUUUGAGUAAAAUAAAUCACAAUGUGUUGGGUAAAUCAUCUAUGAGGAGGUGUAAGUUUAGGCAAAAAGAAAGUCAGUCUUGACGCAGCAGUAUAUUUUUUAAAAAUCAGAUCAAUUGGGAUAAGAAACCUAAUAGAAGUACACAUUAAAUAUCUUAAUGAAGAGAUGGGUUUUGCUCUCUUAGAUGCACACAUUAAAUAUCUAGAGAAAAGGAUGUGUUUGGGCUGUAAACGUGGCUCUGUUAGACACUUAAAUUAAAUCAGUGCUGGACUGGUAGGCCAAAGGCCAACCUGUCAGGUCAUUGGCCAUGGCCGACGCAUGUACGCAAUGAAGGCGCGUCACUAGCACGCCGAGGGCGCAUUAGCAUCCGUGGAGGGUCUGGGGACCCCCUCCCCUCAGAAAAUUUUUAAAAAUUGACAACCGCAAACCCAUUUUCCAAGCAUUUCAGACCAAAGCUUCCUAUCUUUUCUUUCUCCUGUUCUGUGUCCUGUCCUAUCUCAUCGCCUUUCUUCUUUCUUUUCUUUCCUCCCCUCUCCUUUCUUUUUCUUAUUUCAUUUUUCUAUCUCUUUUUUCUUUUUUCUUUAUAAGCUUAGGCCCACUUUUUUUUUUUUUAAUGAGCUUAGGCGCACCUGUCACAGACAGGUGGGCCCAGUCCGGCACUGAAUUAAAUAUAUGGAUGAAGGGAUGGGUUUUGGAUGUAAAACCGCAUGAUUAUCUGUGCUGCCUAACUGACAAGGAGGAGCCUCAAAAUUCUGCUCUGUUAGAUGCACACAUGAAAUAUCUGGAGUAAGUUGCUCUUUUCAUCAGAAGCAUUAAAUAUCUGGACUAAGGGACCGGUUUCAUUUGAGAAAUUCACUUUACAUUCCCUUGUUUUUAUUCAUUCUAUACUUUUCUAUUUUUCUCUUAUCUAGUGACAGUUAAUUAUUUUUUUGAAUUGUCAGAUAUCCUCACACAGGCUCAUAUAACAACUUUUGGUCUUCGAAGGAAUUAUUAGUGAGAAGAAAUUCGCCUGUGUAUCUGUUAUCGAUUGUCACUUUAGUCAGUUAUAUAGAAAGAUAACUUGUGUUUUCCUUUUGCGUUCGUCACUUCCCUUUCUUGAAAUCUUAAUAAUGCAGCUAUCGUAGCAAUGUGUUAAAAUUAUAUUUGGAACGUGUUUAUUCAGUUCAAUCACAUAUGUCAUAAUGACUGGCACAAAUAUUGUCCUUUAAUGAGCUCUAUACGGAUAGGGUAGCUAAUCUGUUAAUUAGCUCUUGGGUUAAAGCAAAAGUUUGAAUUUUUGAUUGUUCUUAGCCUUGUAAAAAAUAUAUUUUUGAAAUAUUUACUAGUGGACUCUUAGUGGAAGGCAGUUGAUAUACGUUUUUAUACGUCUACAUGGAUUAUAGCCCCUGAUUGUACAAUUCAUGUUUUUUGCUUGUGGACCCUGUAGAGGUCACAAUUUUUAUCCGAUUUCAAUAAAAAUUAAUCUUUAGUUUGAUUGUCAACACCUGCUCUUCUUCCCUGUUGCCUGGUAACAUAUGCUCACCUAGAUUGUUAAAGGGAGCCAUGGUCGCUCAGCGGGUAAGACGUUAACGUGCACAUUGUGUGUUCGAUCCCUGCAUAGACCGAGAAUGUUUUUGUUAACAUUGUUCUUAUUAUUAUUUUUUUUUUUCCCCACUUGAGCAUACCUCAGAAACUACUUGUCGGAUCAAUUCGAUGUCUUCGGUUUUACUGGGAAAGUGGGUGUGACGUAGAGAUUAAAGCUAUUUCGAACGCUCUGUGACAAUGCGAAAUGUCCGAAACGCCAAAGUUGUCAUUUUUUAAAAUAUUGCUAAUAUUAACAAUAAUCGUCGAAUAUUAACAUUGGAUACAUUUUGACAUAUAUAGCCUGAGACAGGGCACAUAGGGAGAUAUUAUGCGCCAAAUUUUGGAAAUUUAAAUUUUGACUAAAAACUUUUUUAUUAAUGAAUAUUUUUUUAUGGCAUUUUACCCAGGGUUAAGGGGUCGUCUGAUUUGAGCAAAAAUGUGAACAUAAUUUUUCUUGGCCGCUAAGUUUCUAAUUCAGUUUAUCGGUUCUAGGUUAAUUAUUUAUUGCCCGAUGGUGCAAAUUCUCAAUUUUUUUAUUACCAGUAAAGUUUUCUAUCGGCACCACCAAAUGUGACGCAAUUUCCCUAAAAACUUUAAUUUUGUCAAGUCGGAACGUCUUUUCAGGCGCAAAAAAUCUCAGACUCGCUUUUUUAUACGCCCACAUUUUCAUGUGGACGUAUAUUGUCGUCGCCCCUGUCCGUCCGUCCGUCCACAAUUGUUUGUGAAUAGUCUACAGGUCACAAUUUUGA